CUGUGCGGUUGCAUUUCUGUUUUGGCUGCCUCGGAUGGUUUGGAGUCGUGCGUGCGGAAAUUAAGAGGAAAUGAAUCGAUGAUUGAACCAGAUGGAUGGAUAAUUUGUGAUUAUUGUUUUUUUUUACGUGUGAACUAGUUGUGGCGGAGCAUUGAUCAAGAGUAUGGUACCUGCCCGCGAAACAAAUUGUUGCUGUUAAGUUUAUGUGAGCUUCUGUGACGAGUAUUUACUUUUCGUGUAAUAAGCUCAACUUACGAGUGUUGUGCCUAAUAGAUGAAUAAGAACAAAACUUGAAGUGAUGAUGCUGUUUAUAAUCUGAGGGAGAAUUGAGUUUGCUCAGUUGUAAAGUGAAUAGAAGCAGUAGCAACUGCAUUCUAGGCCACCCAGGAAAGGAAGAGAUAAAAUUUCUCCAGAAAAGUACGGACUACCUACAUCUUAUUCUAAUAAAAUACCACAUUAAUAUGGAAAUACGAUGGUGUUGGACGGCUAUCAUUCUGACAGUGGUCUCUCAUAUGGCAAUGACUCACAAAGUGACAGUAUCAUCUCCAAGCAGUAGUUCUAGCAGCAAUAGUAACACCAGUCAUAGUAGUAGCAGUAACGAUUCAACCAAUCCAGUUAACAUUACUAAUAUAUUUGAUAAUCAAUCAACCAAACCUGCAAAACAUGUCAAAGAAGAUUCGGAGCCUUAUUACAAUUUGGAUGAGCCAAAUGUCAACUCGGAGGCGUUUGCAGCGAAAAGUGUGAAGAAGUAUCUACAAAAAGAGAAUAAAAAGUAUAAGAAAAAAAAUGUGCCUAGCGGUAACGAUCGUCAGACACAACAUCAACAGAGUGAACCAAUCAACCGAGAACACAAGGAAUCGAAGGGUGAAGAAGAUGAUUCGUCUACCCACAAGUCCGCGAAUGAAUCGGAGAAGCCACAUAGUCGUAAAAAGCGAUUAAUUUGGGUGACUGACGAUGGAAGGCUGGCGCUGCCUCCAGGAACUUCAUUAACUAUUGCACCGACAAUUGCCUUACCGUUUGUCCGAUAUCCACCAACAGGAUUUCUUUCGAAUAUAUCCAUCAGUUUGCCAAUCACAAUCGAUUUCGAUAAAUUGGGACUAACGGACAACCAAAAUCCACUCGGAGUGCUGCCACCACUGUUCGCUCGAUCCAUGGGUCGGGCAGCGGGAAGCGUUUUGGCUGAUUAUGUUUCGGAUUUUAUGCACACGCGUAGAAGAAAACGAAGUGCUACGAAUUUCCGGGGCAGUGAUAACUUCAAGAUCACCACGAACAUCAUUGAUGACGAAGACGAUGAUCGGAAGCCCGAGCUGCCGGAGGAACAUAAGCAUUCUUUCCAUGGAGGAGAAAGGGCUUUGUUGUAUACAGUGGUUGAAGAUUUCAUCAGUAAUUUUGGAUUGGAUGGAAAAGCUUGUAUGCUACGCGCGAUUUGUGAAGUACAUUCGAAGCGUGUGGAGAGCUUUGGGCUAAUAGGCGAGAUGCUGAAGUUAUUUUUUACUGCAUCCAUGUCGCCUUAUUCAGAAUUCAUUCCUGAGUAUGUAUCAGCCGAAAAUAUUGGAAAAGGAAAGGCCGGACCUGGAGAAUGUUUCCCAUAUUAUAAGGACUGUCCCAAGAGUUUAUUCCGAAUGGCCAAUAAAUUUCAGCAGAAUUACAAGCCUGAAUCGAGUAACGAAUCAGUUGAAGAGCAGUUGCAUGAAAACAGUAUAGAUGACAUUGAACGAGACGCUCUCAGUGCGAAAAUGGGCGAAUCGUCUGUUGAGGCCAAAGAAGAAACCGUCAUACAGCUGGAUGGUGUCAACAAAAUAGCUAUGUGAUUGUAGUCAUUCUGUCUGUUUGACAGUCCGAAGGAGCAGGAAAUAGUUGUACAGUAUUGUAAUGGAAUGAGAAUUAUUAUGAAUGUGACGUUUUUGAUGACACGUCGAAAGUAUUCUGCGCAGUGAAUCAAAGUGCCCCCCAUUUGACCCAGUGCAUUUAAGCGUAAAAUAUAUUUAUUUAUCUAUUUAUUUAUUUAUUUAUUUAUUUAUUUAUGCGAAUAGAAUAAAGCAAAACCCAUCAAAGAACGUGCGCAGCAAUACAUCAAUUUAUUUGCAAUUGAUUAAUCUGCAAAAAAAAAAGAUCAGUGAACGUGCCCAUAUUAUUUUAAGAUGUAUUUGUUCAACUGUAAUCAUACUCUGUUGAUUCAGCUAGGGAUCUUCAAGAUUGAGCGUCUCAUCAUAAGGCUUUAGAAAUACUAUAAAAUAUUCUGUUUUGUUAAGUUUGAACUUUGAUUGUUACAUAAAACACUUUUCGGAUGCGCACCUCCCCGUAAGUCAUUAUUACGAGUAUCAAAUAAGUUUUUCCCUCUCAGUUGUAACAUAUAUUCUUCGAAUAAUAAAAUGAAUUCACAAAUUUAUAAUUUAAGCUCGAAAUAGUAAAAAUAGUCAUAGGCUUAAGAAGGGUUUCAUUUUUCUAGUUCAUUCUCUACUGAAAACAUUGUAAAUUUGUUAAACUCCAUUAAACAUAAUUCAGAGUAUUCAUUAUUUUAUGUAAAUUAUAGAAAAGGUGCUAAUCGAAUGUAUGAUCUAAUUCUGAAGCUCAGUUGGUAGAGCGACAUAAUUUCUCUAUAAGUUUAGUUCUUAUCUCCGGCAUUUGAAACCAAAAACGUGUUGAUUUCUGGAUUGCAUUCAUUGAUAUGUUGUAUAGUAGGGGCACUUUUGAAUAUAUGAAUUAGCUAACAUCCAACCUGACGCAAUGAAUCAGUCAAGCGUUCGCUUGAACUGUAAUUAUGUUUUAAAAUCUAAAGUAAGUGCGCUCUUUGCAGAACAACCGUUCAGCUAUUGUUUCAUUUUAUGUACUCUGAUAUUGUGAUUUGUAGCACUCAAAUUUUGAAAUUGUUUUAAUUACUAGUUUGGAUAGAUACAACGAUGUUAGAUAUGUACAAUCCCUUCUGUACAAAUGUUAGGAAUGAAACAUUUCUGAGAAAUAAAACUGUACCUAGACCUUAUUAUGUUAGAC